AUCACCGCUUUGUUUCUCCUCUUCAGACAGAGCUGGAGGAUACAAAGAAAAAUGGAGCGCUUUUGGCUCUGCAUGUUUUUUACACUGUUGCAAGUUUGUGUUUUGUGUUUGGUUCCCGCGUCAGGUCAACAGUGGAAGAAAAUUAGAGCCAAGAUUUCUGAUGUUGCUAAAGGACACACUCCAUGCAACCCUGUCAACUGUAGCUGCCAUCUAAGUGUCCUACAAGAUGACUUGCGGCCCUUUAAAGGGAGAAUCUCCGAGGAUCUCAUGGCUGCGACGGUUCAGAGAGGGGUGGGCACCCACUACCAGAUCAUCGGACACAAGUUGUACAGGGAACACAACUGUAUGUUUCCUGCCAGAUGCAGUGGGGUAGAGCAUUUCAUCCUGGAUGUGAUUGACAGGUUACCUGACUUGGAGAUGGUGGUAAAUGUCAGGGAUUACCCUCAAGUCCCCAGCUGGGUGCAGCCAACCCUGCCUGUCUUCUCUUUCAGUAAGACAGCAGACUACCAGGACAUCAUGUACCCUGCAUGGACGUUUUGGGAGGGAGGGCCUGCUGUGUGGCCCAUAUACCCCACUGGACUGGGAAGAUGGGAUCUGAUGAGGGAUGACCUUAAAAAGUCUGCAGCACAGUGGCCAUGGAAGAAGAAGGAGUCCAAAGGAUUCUUCAGAGGCUCCAGAACCAGUCCAGAGCGCGACCCUUUGAUUCUUCUGUCCAGAGAAGCUCCAGAGCUGGUGGAUGCAGAGUACACAAAAAACCAGGCCUGGAGGUCUGAGAAGGACACACUAGGGAGACCCCCGGCCAAAGAAAUCCCACUGGUCGAUCACUGCAAAUACAAAUAUUUAUUCAACUUCCGAGGUGUGGCAGCCAGCUUCCGCUUCAAACAUCUCUUCCUCUGUGGUUCCCUGGUGUUUCAUGUGGGAGAUGAAUGGCAGGAGUUUUUCUACCCUCAGCUCAAGCCCUGGGUCCACUACAUCCCAGUCAAGCAGGAUCUCUCUGAUGUCAGGGAACUACUACAGUUUGUCAACGAGAAUGAUGCCAUUGCAGAGGAGAUUGCAAUGAGGGGUAAGGAAUUCAUCCUCGACCACCUGCGGAUGCAAGAUGUUUCCUGCUACUGGGAGAGACUCCUCACUGAGUUUAGCCAUCUUCUCACCUACAAACCCAAAAGAAAGAACAACUUCAACCAGAUUGUCCACCGACCCAGCAAGACGGAGCUAUAAGAGUGAGACUCUGCAGGACCAGGGCAGCUGAAGUAAAACUCUAGAUAAUGAAUGUAAUCACUGCACCACAACAAAUGAUUUCCUCACAAGCAACGUCACAUGUUAAUGUUGGCGUUCCAUGUUUUUGUCAAAAUCACACCUAAAUUAGCUAAUCGAAAACUGUGCCCAGAUACUUUUCACAUUUAUUUCUAUUGAGUCCAGGGUUUUAGUCUAAUGUGGAGCAUGGUUGGACCAUGUGUCCUUACAAUUACAGGACAUAUAGCUUAGUAUUACAGUCAUAGGUGUAGUUUAGUGUGUUGACUGUGGAUGCUGCCAUACCUUCAAGUGCCACAAGGGAGCUUAUAUGCCAAUUCUGAGUUGAUUGAUCACUUUCUGAUUCAACUUUUUUUUUUACGGCUGCUGCAUAUACUCACCAGCAAAGUCUAUCUAUGUGAGCAAAGUGUGAGUAUAAACUGGGGGUGUGGAGCUUAAAAGAUAUGCCAUUGAGUGUCUAAUGAAACAUCAUCUAUCUAUCAAACUGCAUUAAGAGAAGUGUAGGAUCCAGUGUUUUUGGAGCUUGACCCAUACUAUCGACUAAAAGUCAGGCCUCUGCUGCUUCGAUUUUGACCAUUCUAUUUAUUAAGUCUCUUGCGAAUCCCUCAACUUUAUGAAGUGACAUACUAAAUAGUUGAAGUGACCCUUUAACAUGCAAUGUCUUUACAUUGCAUUGUUUUGUAACAUUAGUCAUCUGGACUGGGCUUCAGACAGAUCUUCAUGAAAAUCAGACCACUUGCAGAAAACUGAGGAAGAAUGGAAAUUAGAUUUUAUUUUAUUUUUUGUUUCAAAAUUGUAAUUAAGUGUUAACUUGGUUAUCCUUAGUGACCUGCAAAGACUGAGUGGAAGAAGAAGUUCAGUUCCUUGCUCUUGAUCAAUCUGAAUUGAACCCUUGACCAUCUGACCUUUUCCUGCAGACCAACCACCAAAAUCAUGAAAACAUUGCAUAUUCAACUGUGGAGCACCUAAAACUCUAAUUUUAAAAAUAGUAUGAUGUUGACUUUCAUCUGCUGCUCAAAUAUCCACAAAGGAUGUACCAAUAAUAAUACUUGUUACGGAUGCUAUGCUGUUACAUAUUUAAUGCGGUUAACUGGGGAAAUAUGGGAAAUAUUCUACUCAGAAACCCUGAUCUAAAAGUCCAUCUAACCAAGUCCUAUUACUUUAAUUAAGUGUAAUGGCCAAAAGUAAUACUGAUUUAGAUUCUAUGUUAAGUACAUGGAAUCUGUUGAUGGGCAGCUUACACAUGAGCUUUGCUACACUUCCCUCUACUGGACAACAGAGGAAACUAGCAGUCCUUUAUCAAGCAUAAUUACAGCAACAUAUCCAUGUGUCGUUUGAUUUACUUGUUUAUUGCAACAAUGAUGCCAAUGUCUGCAUUUGCAUGGGUCUGCCAUAAGUUUGUAACUUAAAGAAAGCACAAAAUACAUAUUCACAGUCUGCAUUUCAUUCCACACUUAAGUGCCAACAGUGUCAAUAAUGACAUUUGAGUAAGUAAGCGUGGAGUUUCCAAGAAACACUCAUAUUGUUUUUACCUUUUUAAAAGAAUGGGUCUUGGUGUUAAGAUAUGCUAGUUUAUACAGAUAAUGUUGAAUAUGUUGUAGUAUUCACAUUGUACUGUAAACAAGCAGAUUCUCAUCAAUGUAAGGUUAUUUUUUUACACUAUUGUUAAACACUGAGGUAAAGAUGGUCCAUUAAUAUGUUGAUUUGACCAAAAAGCUGUGACGGGGGGCCUGGUCAAAGUGUGACAGGCAGGUUGUUAUCGCCUUGGGCAGCAUUUUAGUUUUUUGUGCCAAUAAACAGUUUGGUUUCUAAA